AUGGAGCAAAAUCCAGGCGAAGUUUCCGGUUUUGGAUAUGUUCUGUUUUUUGGGGUCGCUAAAUUCGGAUAUAUUUUUUAUUCGUUUGUAAAUUAUAUUAUUCUUCAGAUACAAGACGAUUAUACUGUUAUUUGUCGCGGUUUAUUGAAGAAAGAAUCAAAUAUUGAAUUAUUUCAAAAUCUCAAAGUAGAAUUAUCAACAGGAGAACAAGGGAAAAUUGAAGGAAAUUUCGGACAAAGUGGAAAAAUUAAAAUAAGAAUAUCAGAUGGAAUUGGUGAAAAAUGCAAGAAUGCAUUAGGAGGGAAAGGAAGUAAAAAAGAAAGAAAUAAAAAGAAUCAGAGUGCAAAAGAAGAAGGGAAACAGCCAACAACUGUAACAAACGAGACCGUUUUACUACAUUUAAAAUUCAAGAGAUAUAUUUUUGAUUUGGGUAAAAAAAUGAUUCAAACCUAACUUUAGAUAGGACUUUUAAAAAGUAUCAAGUACGGGCCAUGAGUGAUGAGUGCCACUGUGACGAUGUGAUUGCUUCAUUUGGUAUUGGGAUUAUGGUGUUUUUAACUUGUUAUUUUAUAUUGCAAUAUGGGAUACGGUUUGAUGCAAUCCUUUUUAAUUAGUUAUUUGGUGCUUUCCUUUGACUCCUAUUGUGAUCUAUCCAUAUAACGAAUAUGAAGUGCUCCGAUAAAAAGACAUAUUGUGUUAUGUACCGAAUCAUCAUUUAUUCUUUUUAAUUGUCAAUCAUAUUUUUCAAUUAUUUUAUUAAAAAUCAAAACACGAUUAACAAAUAUG